AUGCUUAACGGGUUUCGGGAAUCGACGUCGCGUUAUCUCGGUGGCAACAUAUUUGGCUUCUUACGUCGGCCGCUCAAAGUCGGUCGAACACAGUUUGUCCAAGAUAAACAUGGACUAGCAAUCACUGUCGACGAGGUUCCUGCAAACUCGGAGGAGAGUCGGCUCGGAAAGCCUUCUGCGUCGAUGAAGUCGACCUCUGGAUGGCUCUCCGCAAUCAGCCUACUUCUGAACGCUCUGUUGUUCCUUCUCCUAGGUCUUGCACUUCUUCUCGUGUGGCACUUCAAUACUAGGAGGAAUGGCUUCAGUCUGGUCACGGAAAACCACUACUCUUGGACCUACGGCCCUACAGCUAUUCUCGUUUUCGUCGUUGCUAUCUGGCGGCAGUUGGACUAUCACUUCAAAGCUGCCGCCCCAUGGAUCGCGCUUCAUCACGGCGACGCAGAUGGCAACGACACUCUUCUCCUGGACUUGACCUCCCCCAUGCAGCCCGUCAGUUUCUGGCUGGCUCUGAGGCGUCGCCAUUUUGGUGUGCUUCUCACGAUCGUUGGAUUUGUUCUUCUGAAGAUUAUCACACUGGCGUCGACCGGUCUCCUGGUGGAAGAUUUGACGGAUUUUCCUGACCGAAGUGUCACCCUGAAUCGCAAUACAAAGUUCAACGGCUCCUUUUGGAACAUCACGCAACCGUUCGGGAGCCAAGAUGCUUCAAUAGCAUACGCGGCCUACGGUGUUCUUGCCCGCGGUGUCCUAGUGCAGGAUCAGGGAACUACUGCCGACCUUGCCUAUGAAAGGAUCGAUCUGCCUGAGGAACUUCGGAACCGUUCUCGACUUGUGGAAACGCAGAUGAAUGCUUUUAUACCGAGUUUCAACUGUCAGCAGGCUACAGUCUCAAUAAAUCCCGGCCCGUACGGUACCAACAAUGAACAGACCGGCGACACAAUCGCAAUAGUGUCUCCCCAAUGUCAGCUCAUGGGCGGUGCCCAGCCAGUUUUCGUCAUCGAUGCAAGUUUUCAGCUAUGUCCAAAAACCCAAUACAGAGGAAACAUGGUACGGGUAAAUUGUUCGACUACCCCUGAAGACGGGACGAAUUGGCAACUUCUUACGCUAGCAAAGGUCGCUUACGACCAAGUUCUGAACGGAUCAACCACAGAGUCGGCCUUGGCCGCCGAUGAUUCAAACGUUGAUAUCUUGUCUUGGCAAGUAGGAAUUGAGCAAGUCACAAGCCUUUUGUGUCGACCCUCGUACACCAUGGGCAAGGUUAACGUUUCCUAUGAUUUCAGCGAAAAUCCGCCUAUAAUCACUGCAGGCACUCCUAUCCCAACCAAUGCAAGUCUCCCCGGCUUUGAAGAUGGAGAUCUGGCCUCUCGAUUUACAUCCUCGUUAGUUGCAGGUGCAAAUAUGUUUGGCGAUCUCACUGCACAAUCUGAUUUGGAAGAGGAUUUUCCAAACACGAUGUUCAAGAUUAUGGCUGCGUCUAUCUCCGACCAAGGUCGGUAUGAAGCUCUCAUGGGUGGGGCUACAAUGCAAAGCGCUGCCGAAAGGACAUUCCAGCAGUUUGCCAUCCAGUUUGCAGACAAAUACCUGUUGGAAAAGGACGCUUCAGAAAUUGAUGGAAUUGCUAUCUCGAUCGCCAACAGGUUGAAAGUUGCCGCUCUGCCUUUCUGGGUCAUGACCGCAGGCUUCGCUUGUAUGACCGUGCUCGCACUUGGUGCCUUCAUCUUACGACCCCGAAUCGGGCUGCCUCCGGAGUAUCAGACGAUCUGCGGAAUUGCUAUGAUUUUGAACCAGAGCCCGGCCUUCAACAGCCUCAUUGGACGUCUCCGAGGCUUGAGAGAAAAGGAAGUCGCUCGCAAGCUCUCGAGUUACGCCUUUUCUGCUAUCCCCGACAAAGAAUCUCACGGCGCAUCCCGCAUCGUCGUCGAAGCAUCCUUGCGUGGCGAUAUUCGUCCUUCGUCAGAACAAACUUCCAACGACGACCCUUCAGAGGAGGGCAAGGCAGUAUGGUGGCAUCCAUUCCUCGCCCGCAAGCCUGUUGUUGUCUUGGUCCUGAGUCUACUCCUCUCUAUGAUUGGGGUUUUGGAACUCCUCCAGCAUCGCUCAGAUACCAACCAAGGGAUAUUAACUUUGCCUGGAGUAGAUGAUACAACCAAGGCAGUGUACACACGUCUGCUACCAGCAUUGGUGAUCCUCAUCGUUGCGACGUCUGUGAAUGCCAUAGACUUCAACAUUAUGGUUCUAGCACCUUUCAGUGCGCUAAGAUCGGGAGAGGUCUCUGCUAAAAGGAGCUUGGCCAGCUCCCUGGUAAACCAGCUUCCACCGGUAGGGAUUCUCAAGGCCGCCAAGAAUCGACACUACGCAGCAUUCUGCUCGUCAACCGCUGCAAUCGUUGGUAGUGUCCUGACGAUUCUCGUAUCCGGGCUUUACACUCCUGAAGCUUUCCCGGGCGUGGUGACUCAGCUCGGGCUCGCGACGAGCGAUAUGUUCAACACCCAAUGGAACAAUAGUGCCACCGAUGAUGGCACUGCAGCUCUUAUCGUCAGCUUGAUAGAGAGCUUGAAUACCAGUUAUCCCUCGUUCACAUAUGACGAGCUUGCUUUGCCAUCACUAGCGAAACCGAAUAUUCCGGGAGCCACCGCUGGAUUACUGUUGCAAACGACAUAUCCCGCUCUCCGAGCCUCAUUGAACUGCACUGCUCAGGAUGCCAGCUCAUUCAACGUGAGCGUUCAAUACAACUCCAGAAUCGACACUACAAGUGUCACUGUCGAUGCAAGCAUGCCGCUGCCGCCAAACUGUCGUCGUGGAGGUCCGAGUGGAAACCUCAGCACGAUAGACGUCACAUACCGCGCCGGCUUCCAGACCAAUUCGUCCUACUUUGGCAAAGUGCUUGACCUCCACGUCGGACCUUACGAUGCGAUCCAAGGGGACGCUUUCGGCGAAAGCGAUCCGGGCGCCCAGCCCGACAAUCCUCCUGGUUGUCCAUCCUUGGCGUUCGUCUAUGGAUAUGCUGACCUUGAUCGCCCUGAACAAAAUGCUAUCACUGUUUUGAUGUGUUAUCAGGAGAUGCAGACCGUCGAGACGGUGGCGACUUUCGAUCUUGCCUCGAUGUCUAUCUCGACAACUGCUCCGCCAUUCUCACAGCGACCUUUUCCGAACGAGAACACUGUCCAGCUCCUUCAGUCCGGACCUGGUGGAGAGACCGCAUUUUCCUACCGUAUCCAGCAGCACAUGGACCAAUCUCUCUCAGUGUUCAACCAAACACAAUUCGCCUCUGCAAAUCUGGCCGAAGCUCCUGUCGACAACUUUUUCCAGGCAGUCUUGUUCGGCAAGAAACCACUCCCGAUCUCGACGCUCGUCGGCGAAGAGAACAAAGCUGUCAUGCUCAAGGGCAUCAACGCAUUUUACAGGAGGUAUAUGGCACAAGCCAUCUCGAGCAAGAUGCGUGUCCCUGUCGACCCCAACGACCCAGCUGCAAAUCAAUCAUAUCCAGGCGCGGUCUACAAUGUGUCACAGGUGGUUCGCCUCGUCCAGCACAACCGUGCCAAACUCGCGUUGCAGAUAUCCCUUGGCAUUAUGACUGUGUUGACAGCAGUGGCGUGUUAUCUGACGAAGCAGGACAGGCUGGUGCCGCAUAAUCCGUGCACGGUCUUUGGAGUCGCGGCCUUGCUUGCGAACAGUAGGAUGUGUAGUCCAGGGACAUUCGACGCACUGAAACAAGAAGGUGAGAGUGUAAAGUACAGAAUGGGAUGGUGGGAUGAAAAUCAGGGUGUUGGAUAUCCAUCCGUGCGUGAUGAGGCGUCAGGGGUCCGGAAGAGGUACGGCAUCGAUGUUGUCAGAGAUAUUGGCUAA